AGCUCGCGGGCCGCGGAGCUGAACGGCUUCGCGACUUGGGGCAGCUCCUCGCGCUCGGCCCUGCUCGGCGGCGAGAACUCCGCCUGGGCGCCGCGUUCCUACAGCCGCCGGAGCCGCCAGGCGCCGAGGGAACGGACAGACCUCCGCGCACCCUUGCCGACCGGGGCGGGCAGAGGCGGGCAAGCGGCGAACGCCUGGGAGCGCGGAGAGCCAGGCCAGCCCGGAGCGCGCCGGGGACACCCUGUGCGCCCCGCGUCCUGGCACCAUGCGACCCGCCGCGCGUCCUCGCGGGCCCAGGGCUUCAUUCUCCGCUCGCUGAGCCCCUGCGCUCGCCACCACGGAAACUCGGAAAGAGGAGGCGAGGCUGUGGGGAGCGGCGCGGAGACCGACUAGACUUCCCCUCCGCCCCCAAGAGGCUGCCGGUCCCCGGUUCCCUGGGCUUCUCCAGCUUUAUCAUGAACCUGGCGCAAGGUUGGCUUUAGGAGAAAUUCUGGAGCCAGAGGGAGAGUCAAGGCAAUUCUUUGGUUGCUAAGUGUGAGUGAAGACACUCAGGAUGGCUCAAGGAUCCGGGGAUCAAAGAGCAGUGGGGGUUGCUGACCCAGAGGAGAGUUCUCCAAACAUGAUCGUCUACUGCAAAAUUGAAGACAUCAUUACAAAGAUGCAAGAUGACAAGACAGGGGGUGUGCCCAUCAGAACAGUCAAGAGCUUUCUCUCCAAAAUCCCCAGUGUCGUCACAGGUACUGACAUUGUGCAGUGGCUUAUGAAGAACCUUUCCAUUGAGGACCCAGUUGAAGCAAUACACUUGGGGAGCCUUAUCGCUGCCCAGGGCUACAUCUUUCCAAUCUCAGACCACGUUCUCACCAUGAAGGAUGAUGGCACCUUUUAUCGUUUCCAGGCUCCGUACUUCUGGCCUUCGAACUGCUGGGAACCUGAAAACACUGACUAUGCCAUCUAUCUCUGUAAGAGGACAAUGCAAAAUAAAGCAAGGCUGGAACUGGCAGAUUAUGAAGCAGAAAACUUAGCAAGACUCCAGAGGGCCUUUGCAAGGAAGUGGGAAUUCAUCUUUAUGCAAGCAGAAGCACAAGUCAAGAUUGACCGGAAAAAAGACAAGACAGAAAGGAAAAUUUUGGAUAGUCAAGAACGAGCCUUUUGGGAUGUCCACAGGCCUGUGCCAGGCUGUGUGAACACAACAGAAAUGGAUAUCCGAAAAUGUCGACGUUUGAAGAAUCCACAAAAGGUUAAAAAGUCCGUGUAUGGCGUGACUGAAGAGUCCCAGGCACAGAGCCCGGUGCAUGUACUCAGCCAACCAAUCAGGAAAACAACAAAAGAGGACAUCCGGAAACAGAUAACAUUUUUGAAUGCACAGAUCGACAGACAUUGUUUGAAAAUGUCCAAAGUGGCUGAAAGUUUAAUUGCCUACACGGAACAAUAUGUGGAAUAUGACCCUUUGAUAACACCAGCUGAGCCAUCCAACCCUUGGAUCAGCGAUGACGUUGCUUUGUGGGACAUAGAGAUGAGCAAAGAGCCCAGCCAACAGCGAGUAAAAAGAUGGGGCUUCUCUUUCGAUGAGAUAUUGAAGGACCAGGUGGGGCGGGACCAGUUUCUACGAUUCCUGGAGUCCGAAUUCAGUUCAGAAAACCUCAGGUUCUGGCUGGCUGUCCAAGAUCUUAAGAAACAACCCCUACAGGAUGUGGCCAAGAGGGUAGAAGAAAUCUGGCAAGAGUUUCUGGCUCCAGGGGCUCCAAGUGCAAUCAACCUGGAUUCUCACAGCUAUGAGAUAACCAGUCAAAAUGUCAAAGAUGGAGGGAGAUAUACAUUUGAAGACGCCCAGGAGCACAUCUACAAGCUGAUGAAGAGUGACAGCUAUGCCCGCUUCCUCCGGUCAAAUGCUUACCAGGAUUUGCUGCUGGCCAAGAAGAAGCCAGAAAGUGAGCAAGGUCGUAGAACUUCCCUAGAAAAGUUCACUCGCAGUGUGGGAUGAAAAUGCAAAAAAGAGCAAGCGGCUCCCUCUGCAGAAGGUGCACCCUUGAUCGCCCAGCCUCAGGCCUGGGCAUUUGAUCAUCUGUUCAGGGCUUUGAGGAGGAGGGACCCUGCUGCCCUCGGGGCUGUGCGGUUUGUGCAUCUUCUGCAGCAGCUCAGGGAGAAGCCAUCGAACUAUACCGUGAAAUAAAUUGGCUCAGAACCAUAGCUCAUCGAAAAAAAAAAAAAGCCAAAAUUUCCCUCUGUGAACCCUGGCAGUCACGCCGGUGUGGGUCGCGAGCUAAUGUUGCUGUGUAGGCGGCUUUUGCUGUGUGCAGAAAGCGGCCGUGCUGCAUGGGUCCUGGCGAUGUGGCCUAGCUGGCGUGUGUGUUAGUCGCCUCUGCAUGAGUCCCUUCCAGCCCCCAUCAGCCUCAUGUGCACAGUGUGAUAGGGAGAGGAGGGAAGUAGCUGAAUCCCUGCGGUGUCCUGGGUACUCCCCGGGGGCAAGGUCCUACCGGCCUCCUCAGGCCUUGAUUCUAACAGGCUGGGUAAAGAUGGGCUUCAGAUUCCUACCGGUUCAUGGUACGCCCCAGCUAGAGAGGUAGAGCUCCCCACAGUGGCACAUAAAGACAGCCGUGGCAACAGGUGGGAGUGGGGGAGUCCGUGGCUGUUCCCUGGGGUGCAUGGCUGAGACUCUCUACCAUGGUUUGUAGAACAACACAGGCCAAUCUCCUCUUUCCAUGCUGGUCGGCCCAAGAUUUGAACAUUGAGCUCAGUGCACAAGAAAUGCUCAAUCCCGCUCAAUCAUGGGGCCCAUCCUGUACCAUGAACAUCAAACCAGAGGGAACCAGGGAGCAGGGGUCCCAUGCAGGGAGCUGGCCACAUUCCCUUCCCAAAGGGUGGCAGCCCAUUGAUAUUGACUUGCCUUUGUUCCACCUCUGUUGAGGAGGAAAAUCCUUGUAAAACCUGACUACUGUGUGACUGGUAUACGUAUUUCAUCCUUUUAAGAAAAAGUCUAAGGCUC